UUUAUGUAGUAUGUACUAUCACUAUGUAGCAGUAGUGAGUAACUCAAGGAGUCAAACUGCAAGUCUAUCAGCUGAGAUGACUCAAGAAUGCUCAAGAUUAUUACUAGAUCUAGAAUCUAGAUUCUAAACUAGAUUAAUUAGGAAUUAAUAUUAAAUCUAACUAAGUAACUAAACUAUAGUCACUAGGCUAUAGAAUAGAUAGUGUAGUAAUAAAAUUAUAAUAAUAGGGCCUAAUAAUAGUAGACCCUACUGUAGGCUAAUAGAAUAGUAGGGUCUAUUAGAUCUAGGCAUGAUUAGGAAUAAUUUUAAUUUAAAAAAAAAAACUGAUUAUUUUUUUAGACCUAGGCCUACAUUUUAAAAUUACAUUACUUCAAAAUUUAUAGCAAUGCCAUGUUACCAUGAUUAUUACUAGAAAUAGAAUUGACGUAUUAUUAGAGGAUUUCUGUUUGUUAUAAUUAUUUUAUAAUUAUUAUGGUUUUUUGCAAAAAAUAAUAAUGCAAAGUUUUAUUCAAUGACACUUUGUCACUCAAAGUAAUUUUCAUCGCAAUGGCAUCUUCUACUGCUGGUGAAUCAUAUUUAACCAUUUUUAAUAUUAGUUGUGAUCAAAUUCUUCGUGUCCAAAAUAUUGCUGAGUCGUUGUUCAAAGUUGCUAUUCAUGUAGUUUUACAUUCAAGUAGACCCACAUCUCUUGAUAAUUCAGAGUUAGGCUUAUUUUCCAGCGCAACAUGUUUAUUGGAGAAUAGAGAAAAUGCUAGUACUGGAACAUCAAUUGUUAAAAACAGCAAUGUAAUGGAUUGCACUACACCAGAAUGUAUAAUGAAUAAACGUCCUAAAGAAUCAAAUUUAACUGAGGAAACGGAAAGACAAAAAUGCUAUAACACUCUGGAAGAUUCAACAGAGGACAUUUUCAAUUUGCCAACUGCUAUUUUACAAUUUGAAAGUAAAAAUGGCAGUAAAUUUUCGCAGGAUAACAUCAAGAAAGCAAAAACAUUUGUUAUUGCUCACCUGGCACCACAAUCUGAUUAUGUUACUGUUACUGACAAAUUUAAAAACUUGGCUGAAUUUGAAAUGAUUGAAAAUGUUGCUGAUGAAAUUCAAAGAUCUACUUUAUCCCUUGUGACCCUAGACAAAGAUAACCUUGAGGUCACAUUGCAAGGAUCAAAAAACAAUGUGGCUUCUGCCAAAUCCAGAAUAUUUCUACUUCUAAAUAUUUUAAACGAGCAGUUAACAGAUGAUGGUGACUCAAACAAUGAGAUAAUAGAUUCCUAUGGUAAAAAUUAUCUUGUAGAAAGUCAACCUAAAGAAAAUGUGCAUAUAAUUCAAAACACAUUUUCUAAAAAAGUACCUAUCCCAGAAUCCAUUCAAAGCAUUCCUUAUUCACCAGAAAAUAUGAAUGUUGUGGCUGAAGUUGAAGAUGAUUGUUUUAAGUCUCAGAAUUUGUUUUCUACUAAGGAGAUUCAAAAUACUAAUUUUAUGAUACCUUGUGAAAUAGAUACAUUAUCUGAAGAAAAAAUUGCUACAGAUUCUAGAUAUAGUAAACAGUUUGAACAAGCAAUCAAGUUAGGCUAUUCAGAGGAAGAUGUCUCUAAGGUUUUGCUAAAACUGGGACCAAACAGUGAGUUAAAUGAUAUUUUAUCUGAACUUCUUAAAACCCCUGCAAAUAACGUAGGAGAUCUUGACAAGGGAAAUGCAUUUUCUAAGGAUGAAGGGCAUUUGCAGAUUCAUGAGGAAAGGUCAUGUGAUUUUACACAACCAUUUUCUAAGGUUAACAACAAAUCUAAACAUGGUUUGGAUACUACUCUACGCCACAUCAUAAUUGAUGGAAGUAAUGUUGCUAUGAGUCAUGGGAAAACAGUGUUUUCUUGUAGAGGCAUUAAAAUAGCUGUGGACUGGUUUAGAGAAAGAGGUCAUACAGAUAUAACAGCAUUUGUUCCACAGUGGCGUAAGGAAACCUCAAGACCAGAUGCUCUUAUAUCUGGUCAAGAUAUACUUGCUGAAUUAGAACAAGAAAACAUUGUUGUAUUUACACCUGCUAGGAGAGUAAAAGGUCGCAGAGUAGUUUGCUAUGAUGAUCGCUAUAUUCUUAAGCUUGCAGUUGAAACAGAUGGUAUUGUUGUGUCUAAUGAUGUAUACAGAGAUUUGGUUAAUGAAAAUGAAGAGUUCCGCAAAGUAGUGGACCAAAGGCUGUUGAUGUACUCUUUUGUUAAUGAUAGGUUCAUGCCCCCUGAAGAUCCUCUUGGUAGACUUGGACCCAGCCUAGAAAACUUCCUGAGAAAGACUCCUCUGGAAGCAGCACCGAAACCUCAAGACUGUCCUUAUGGGAAAAAAUGUACAUAUGGUAAUAAGUGUCGCUUUUACCAUCCAGAAAGAGGUUUUGCUCUGCAAAAAUCUAUCACUGAUACAUUGAAAGAACAAGCUGAUAUCAAACUUCAGCAAAGAGCCUCUAAAUUGUUUGAGAUUGCUGAAAAAAGCAGGCAUUCAAAACAAAAGCUAUCCAGGACAAAGUCUCUUUACCUUGGUGAUGAUAGCUCAAUUGAUUCAGAAUCACUGAAUAGGAAGGAAAAGCCAAAAUUUUCUCAUUCAAAAUCACUUGCCAGUUCAUUUGACUUAACUGAAGCAAGAAAAAAACUAGAGAAAGCUGAAUUGUCUGACAAGAUGGAGAAAAUGUCAGUAAAAGAAUUUAAUAAAAUAGCAUCAGUUGCAAACAUGCCAUGCUCAGAAGACUUAGCUGCUUUGGCAUCAAAGGAAGAAAAAGGCUUUGAACAUGUUUUUUUGCAAUUCUCAAACCCACAAUUACCAGCAGCAUCACAUAUUGGAACUGGGGAUAUGAGAUCAGCCAGGACUUCUCCUUCACAUCUUACAGUCCCAAAGUCUGAACAGAGAUAUGUAAGUGGACAUUUGCUACUGGCAAAAAAACUUUCAGAUGAGGGGAAUGAAGCAAAGUUUUUCUAUGAGCACUCAAGUCCAUCUUCCACUCGCACAACAAGCCCUGUGCGUUUAAAACCUUCAGAUACAAAAGCAACCAGUAGCUCUUGCUCACAACCACAUCCUAAUAUUUUUGAAAGUAGUCACUGUUUAGCCCAAGAGAACAUACCUAAUCUUAGCAUAUUUGAACCAACUUUACAAGUGAACCAGAUGUGUGUUAAUAGGAAUAAUUCAUUAUUGCCUUUUAAACAUAUGGGUCUAAUCAGUAAUCAAACUUGGGGGGAGGCUAUAUCACCACCUCAAAGUAUAUUCCCUAGGUCUCCUGAUAGUGGUCACUAUACAGACUCAGAACCACUGUCAAGUCCAUUUCAUGGUAUAUUGGAGCAUCCAUCUCAGAUAGUUUCAAGACCUUGUAGCUCUGAAGGGCAUUCCAGUUUACGGAGGGCAUAUAGCUCAAUAGGCUAUGUUAAGGAUGCAAAUGAAAAACAACAGAUAGCAGGCAGAAAGCUGUCUGCAGCUGUCAGUUGUUCUGGAGAACAUUCCCUACUUAAACCACAGCAAAGUAUGCCCACUUAUCUUAACCAAAGUGCUUUUUUUUUAAGUUCUCCCAAAGGACUUGUGCGCCAGAACAGUUCAUCAGAUCCUCAGAUACAUACUUCUGAUACUGUAGUAGCAACAGAAUUUGACAGAAAAAUAUGUGCUCAUCAAUUUUCUAACCAACAUCACCAAGGUGAACUCAGUUUAGGAGGACAUCAACAACUUGAUAAACAGCAACAAUAUCAAAGGCUUUCGUAUCAAAACAAACAGGAAGCUCUUGUGGGGAGUGUUUAUGCUGCUACUUCACAUUUCAGUUCUCAGCAAACCUGUAUACCAUACAUACAAAGUCCUGUUCAUUUUCCACCAUACACACAACAUAACAUGACCCAUGGUUCAAACAGUAUUUCCCAAUAUCACAGAUACCAAGCUCACACAAUGUAUAAUCCUAACUAUCCUGGUCAGUUAGUAUCACAAGAUCAAGGGCUUUAUUUUUCCACUUCUACAAAUACCCCUUUACCAAAAAAUAUGCCUCAGGGUCCCAAUGGGUAUAAUUCUUUUGAACAAACAAAUACUCCUAGCCAACAGGCACCCUACUUUACAGCUUCUCUUAUUCCAUGUGAACAAAAUACUUUGAACAUUUCACCAGAAGAUGCACCUAUAUUACCAGAUGAUUGUAGAUAUUCAAUAUAUUAUCAUUUAAGUAAUGUGUUUGGGGAAGCUGUUGUUCGCAAAAUCAUGAACCGUAAUCCUGGAGUUAUCAAAGCUGAAGAACUUUGCUCUUUAAUACUAGAAUUUAAGCAAAAUAGCAUCAUUUAGUAAAUCUGCCCGCUUUGAAUUUUUUUUUUUUAAAUCUUGUAUUAUUACUAGAUUACAAAAAGUUUUUGAUCCUAGAAUAAAAUUCUAUGGAUCAUUAGUUGUCCUUUACAAUCUAUUCCCUGUUAAAACGAAAAUCAUGAAACAGUUGCAUGUAUAAGAUUAAAAUAAGUGAUACAGAUGUGCCCAUUGCUGUGUCAGAAAACACUUUCAAUGUGGAAUCUCAAUGAUCAGAGCUGCAACUAAGAAAGGAAAUUCAUCAGUGGUUUCAAGAUGUUCAUGGGAUUGAUGGAGUUAGUUUAUUUCAAGGCAAACUUUAAUUUACUGACUGAAUCCAAAGAAUAUACUUAAGAUCAUUUUGCCUCCAAAAAUAGAUUUAAAUAAUAUUACACAUUUCAUGAAUGUCCAGAUUGUCCACUGUAAAUUUAGUUAUCAUGAUCAUGUUUAAAAAAAAAGUUUUGAUAGAUAUUCAGUCCAUUGCCAAGUUCAGUAUAAUACAUUUUAAUGUAAAUGAACUCUGCUAUUGGUUUCUAUAAUCUACUAUCAUCAGCUCACCAGUUUCUAUUUUUUCUUCAAAUUUUGUAAAAGAAGACGAAUACUUAUUUAAAUAUUAUUAUAUAUAUGUUUAUACAUAAAUAUAAAUAUGUUGUGUAUACAUAUAUAUAUAUAUAUAUAUAUAUAUAUAUAUAUAUAUAUAUAUAUAUAUACACAUACAUACAUACAAAAUAUUGUAAAAGAAGACAUAAAUACUUUUUUUAAUAUCUGUAAUAUAACGCUGCUGGUAGUGUGUCAGUCCCUCAUCGCUAUAGAUUUUGGAACCACAAAAGUAAACAUUGAACCAUGUAGUGCUUUUAGAUUGCAUCGCAGUGUCUUAUUAUAAGUAAUAGUGUAGGAUUUGUUUAUAUAACGACUUAAAUUUAUUUUAUAGUUGCCAGUUGUUACACUUUCGCUUAACUUGAAGAAAAUAUUAAAUACACGCACAUUGCUAAAACAUAUUAUAACUUUCGUUUAGAUUCCUAGAAAAAGUGGAUACAUUUUAAUAACAGUAGGGUCAAAAAAACUAAUUAAUUAAAAUAUUUAAUAGUUAUGCUAGGAGAGGUAUUUUUAAAAAAAAAAAUUCAACUCACGCUAAUGAAAAAAUGUGAAUGCAAAUUCUGCUGACGUCCAUGACUGAAUUAUUGUUGGAAUAAUAUGAUUAGCAUGGAUUGAUAAAGUAUAAUAUGGUAGGCAAAACAUGGAUAUUUUAAAUACUGCCAUUAUUUAUUUUAUACACUGAACGCACUGUUUACUAAUUAUUAUUUUUAAUCAAUAACAGUUAAGAAGCCACCCUGAAAGACCCCUAUGUUUACUUUUAUCUUUCGGUUUGCGGACAAGCUGGGUUUUUUAUAGUCGUUCACUAAAUUGAAUCAGGGCAGGGUUUGAUUUUGAGCAAUGGGCUAUCCUGUGAGCGCUAUGGUUUUGUGUUUUCUUUUGUGUUUCUGUGUUGUGUUUGUUUUGCGUUUAUGUUUGCAUUGUGUGUUUUCUUUUGUGUUUGUGUUGUUUUAGUGUUUGCAUUGUAUUUGUGUUUUCUUUUGUGUUUGUUUGCAUUUUUGGUAUGUGUUUCCUUUUGUGUUUUUGUAUGUGUUGUGUUUGUUUUUGCAUUGUGUUUGUGUUUGUUCUGUUCCAUAGUUGGUACAUUUAAAAAGAUUCCCCGUGGCAGAGCACGGGUAUGCAGCUAGUUAUUUUAUAUAUAUAUAUAUACGUUUAUACAUAAAUUUAAAUAUGUUGUGUAUACAGUUUCUUUUUUUUUAAUUUUUAAAAGAAUACAUACAUACUUAUUUACAUACACAUAUAUAUGUUUAUAUUUUUUUAUGUAUACACACAUUUACACUUACUGGUAUGUAUAAAUACACAUAUAUAUUUAUAUAUGUAUAUUCAUUCAUAUAUACAAACAUACACACAUAUAUACAUAAAUCUAUAUAUAUAUAUAUAUAUACUAACAUAAAUGUAUAAAUAUACACACAAAAAGUACUCUUUUUAAAUUGCUUUUGCUGCUUGUAAUACAUUUAACUACAUGUUUGUCAAAUGCUAUAAAUUUUGAUGGAUUUAAAUUGUCAAGCUUAAUAUGUAAUUAUGAAUCAUGUAUAGGAAUUGGAGACUUGUUAAAAUCUAUUUAACUAUUGUUUAGUAUUUAAUUGCCAAAUGCAAAUGGUGAAAUUCGCCUUGUUAAUCCCAACUAAGUUGUUUGAUUGACUCUGCACAAUUAAGUUACAAUUUUUUUUCGCCUUUUAAUUUAUUCAUUUUUUUCGGUGACCAGAAAGAUGCGCAUCUGAAAAAUGUGCAACGGAAAAAUGCACAUACAGUAAAAAGCGCUAACAACAAAUUAUGCACAUAGAAAAUGACACACAGAUCUUUCAUCAAUUAUGAGUGUGAAAUUGUGUGUUUAUAUAUGUUUGUGUUUAUGCUUACAUGUUUAAGUUGGUUUGUGUAUAAGUGUAUACACAGACAUACAUUUUCCAUUCCUGUAUAUUUAAAUUAAAAAAAAAUGCAUACAAACAUAAAUUGCAAAUAUUUUCCGAUCAUACAUACAUAGAUGCUGUUGACUGAAAGUGUACGACCAUAGAUGAUUGUCCACGCCUUGUUUGACAACAGCGAAGGGUUGUCCACAGGCAUUAUGUAAACCAGGGCUGUGUAAAUAGUGUAAUGACAGAUGAUAUGACCAAACGUGGUCUGCACGACUACGCCUACACCCACACCGACCAUCGAACGACCGAACCACCCAUCCGCCUCUCUGUCUGUCUGACCGUCCGUCCACCCACCUCUCUUUCUCUACAGUUAUAAAAAUCCGGCACUGUUAAUAGAUCAAAAUCACGAGCGUCUUGCAGAGUGGUGACUGUAGCAAAACGAACAUUUUUUUUUCUAAGAAUUACAUCACAGACUGCGGUCUCUAGUACAUGAAGUCACCCAUUAUUGUUGUUACCUGCAAGCAAUUACAUGAGCUAACCAUUCGUCCAUCUUGUUUAUUUUUCGACAUGUUCAAAUGGACAUCUGUCUUUUGGUUCACCGGAAAACUUAUUUUAAUGACAAUAGAAUGUGCAUAUUUCGAUGUAUGGACGGAUGUAAAGACAGCCAGGUUGGCAGGGUGUGUGGGUGGGCCCCAUUCAGUCCGGCGCUAGGUGUUGGUGUAGCUGUAAAUGUAAGUAUAUGUGUAGGAGAAGUUGGAAUUAAGCAAAUCACCAAUGGUCAAAUAACCUGUGAUGAACACCCGCGGUGAACAAACUGCCUGUGGACAACCCUUGUGGUCAAACUACAUGUGGGCUUAUCACCUUUGGUCAAAAGCAUCUAUAAUAAUCGGAAAAUCUUAGCAAUGUAUGAUUCUAUUUAUUUUAAAAAAUGAGGUCGCAUUUACUACUAUUUAAAAAAAUACAGACGUUGAAAUGAAAAAUUUCCUGAGAAUGUAUGCACAUAGUCACGUGCAAACUCAAACAUGCACGCAUAAACAGACGCACAUUGCUAUAAUCCUCAUUGAUGAGCGAUCUGUGUGAAGUUUUCUUUGUGCGCACAUUUUUCUGUGUGCUUACUUUCCUGUUUGCGUAUUCUUCGCUGUGCGCUUGCGCAUUUUUUGCGCAUUUUUCUGGGAACACUUUUUUUUUCAGGUCUUAAUUAUAAUUCAAUCAUAAACUGAAACUAUCAUACAUGCUUUUGAUUAAGCGUGUCUUUUGCACAAUAAUUUUACCCCAACUGUUAUACCAAAGCAUUUUUAAAUGUAGUCUAUAAAGAUAAUAUCUGUGUCCUAAAAUACUAAUCCCCGUUCCUGUAGGUGAUACGUUUAUUAAAAUAAUUAUCCUCCAUUUGACUUCUUUGUUUUGUUUUAGCAGAGCCAGCCAAACAUCUAAGUUAGUGAGUCUUUAUUCCUUUAGAGGGAUGAAUAAUAACAUGUACCUCAACAUGAGGCUUUACGUAUAUAUUUUUUUAUUUCAAAAAAAUUAAUUGUACUUUUUAUAUAAUUAGUAACUUACAUGCCAUUAUACUUUAUACUUAUACUUCUUUUUUGCUUAUGGCUUUUCCGGUGUUUUUUUUCUAUCAUUCUAUAAUGUUGAGUAUGUAUCAGUGUCAGAAACGAUCAGUGAAAUUAGAGUUAAAAUGAACAUUGAUAAUCAAAACCCUAAUGCUUACCCAUAG